CAUACCUAAAUUAAAUUUAUAAGCAAAUACCAAUAUUGAGGUUAGAUUUUUAUAUAACAAACUACUCUUUUUUAUUAGGUAACUUUACUUAUUAUUUUGAGUAGAAUAAUGGAAUCUAUGGAUAACAUUUCUGAUUCUGACAGAACAAUAAGGUUGGCAAGUCAACGAGUGAAUCUAUGCCUCAAUACAGGCAAUAAUCCACCACAUUUUUAUACUCCUGGACAAGAUAUACCACUAGAAGGUUGCAUGAGAGGGCAUGGAACUUACUUUGACAAGAAUGCAACAACUCUCAAAGCAUCUGUGUCCGGUGUCUUGGAACGUGUGAACCAGUUAAUUCUAGUCAAGCCUCUGAAAUCACGCUACAAUGGAGAAGUGGGUGAUGUGGUUGUUGGUAGAAUAAUGGAGGUGCAGAAAAAACGUUGGAAAGUAGACACUAAUUCACGAUUAGAUGCAAUACUCCAACUCUCGUCUGUCAAUCUGCCGGGAGGAGAACUGAGACUGCGAUCCGUGGAAGAUGAAAGGAUGAUGCGGAAAUAUUUGUCAGAAGGUGAUCUGAUCAGUGCUGAAGUUCAGAGCAUAUUCAGCGAUGGAAGCUUAGCCUUGCACACAAGAAGUCUCAAAUAUGGCAAGGUAGUGGUUUUAAAAUUUCUGUGUAGUUUUUAAAGUGAUAUUGUGAAU